CUAGACACAACAAAAACUCGAUUACAAAUUCAAGGGCAAAAACUUGAUAAAACUCAUGCUAAUUUAAAAUACUCUGGUAUGGUUGAUGCAUUAUUGCAAAUGGUCAAACAUGAAGGGUUUCAUUCAUUAUAUUGUGGUAAAAUUAUAAAUUACGUAAUAAAAACAAUUAAAAUUUAAAAACAGUCUGAUGGAAAGUCUUGAUAUUGUUUUGUAUUAUUUAUCCAUUAAUUAAAAAUAAAAAUAUAAAAAAUAUCAGAAUGAUAGUGGCUUAUUCGCAAUUACAAAUAAGAAUCCAUAGAGUGGUAACAUCUGAUGAUGCUCAUCUUGAUCUACGGCAAAAUGAAAAAUAAAAAAUAAAUUAGUAAAGCAAAUGAUUGUUGCUUAAAAACCAUGGUUGAAAAUGAUGAUUGUGGUCUAUAGUAGUUUGCAAAGUGAUGAAAUAGGUGAUUUAUCAAUAUGUACAAACUUGAUCACAGCUAAUAUUUCUGCACUUGACUCUACUCUUUAUGAAUUCCCGUCCAACUUUUCUCCGACCGUAAGGAUCAGUUCAGCAAUUUUAAGACAAGCGACUUAUGGGACAAUAAAAUUUGGAACAUACUAUACACUUAAACAAAAGGCUGCAGACAAAUGGGGAACUGAUAAGUUAGUUCUUAUAAAUGUUAUUUGUGCAGCAAUAGCAGGAUCAAUAUCCAGCGCUAUUGCUAAUCCAACUGAUGUGGUGAAAGUUCGUAUGCAAGUCAAUGGUAAUCAGCGAAAUCUAUCUUUAUAUGGUUGCUUCCAUGAUGUAUACCGACAUGAAGGUGUACGCGGUUUAUGGAGGGGGGUUGGACCUACUGCUCAAAGAGCAGCAAUUAUUGCGGCGGUGGAAUUACCCAUUUACGAUUUAACAAAGUUUUGGUUGAUACCUCAUAUUGGUGAUUCUGUCAGCAAUCACUUUCUUUCAAGUUUCACAGCCAGUACAGCAAGUGCGAUAGCCUCAACACCUAUUGAUGUUAUUCGAACACGACUGAUGAAUCAAAGACGAUUUCGUAAAACCAAUGAAUCAUCAGCUCAUAUUUAUAAAGGCAGUAUAGAUUGUUUUAUAAAGACAAGUAAAAACGAAGGUUUUUUCGCACUAUACAAAGGUUUUGUGCCAACAUUUUUACGAAUGGGUCCGUGGAAUAUUAUAUUUUUUAUAACUUACGAACAAUUAAAAAAAUUGCCAUUGUUUUAAAAUAAAAAAUUAAAAAAAAAUUGUACCUGUAUAGAUAGAAAAAUUAUAUAAUUAAGUUUUAAAUUAAUAAACUAUUCUUUAAUGCGAUACUUGAUAAUAUACAUACAUAUAUAUAUUUUUUUGCUAAUAGUCAUUAAACAAAUCAUAUAAAAUUUAAUUAUUUUAAAUAUAAUUAAUUUUAUUAAUAUAGUAUACAAAUAAUAUAAUAUAUUAACGUAAGUAAAAAAUUUUAUGAGGAAAAAGAUUAACAAUUAAAAAUUUUUUUUAUCAUCAAUUUUUAUCA